AUGCCGGAAUUGCUCCUGCCCCAACACAGCAUUGAUCCGGAAAAGUUUCUAAUCGAUGACUUGCAUAACAGCAACAUAUAUUUGGAUCCCCAGGAUAUCCUGGACGACAGUGAUGAACAAGAACCACCAUCGCCAUACCAUCCAGAUGAAGAUGACCAUACCCCGUUAUCACGACAGAUGUCGGGCAUGUCCACCACCGAAGCCGCCUCCAUAGUGGGUGGUAAAUCCAUCGAGACCGUAUACAAGGAGCAACAUCAAGCGGAUGCAAGCCACCCCAUAGCCAACAACAUGAAAGCCAGUUCAGAACAAAGGUUUAAAGCGCUGGAUUCGACUUUUGAAGAUGACAAUAUUAAAAAGUAUGAUACAUCGCAAAAAGUGUUUUCCUUCUCGCUCCCACUUGGUGGAUUGUCUAAUCUAACUACAAGCUUAUUCAAACCAUUCCAGAGCUUAAAGUUGGAUUUGCACAAUGACGAAAGGGCAAACUUGGAGCGAGAGAUUGAAUUGAAGUUGGCCCGACAGCAGAGUAUAAGCACGGUUGAUGAAGCUAAAUAUUUUCGUGAUUUCAAGGGGACCGAUCGUGGCCGGUUCCGGGCAGUUAAGCUGUCACUUACCAAUAAUUUGAAUGAGAUCCUUCCUGAUUUCAUCAAACGUGAGGAGCAAGAACCGUGGGAAAGCAUAUAUGAUCGUAUCGAGGGAAAUAUUGUCAUCAUGGGUGGAUACAGAGGUAGUAUUUUGCGGGAUGCCAAGACCAAAAAACGAUUAUGGAUCCCGCUCAAGGCUGGAUUCAACCUACGCAAGAUUGAUUUGCUAUUAGGUCCCAACAAAUCCGAUGAAUUGGAAGCGGAGAAGAAGAUAUACCCUGAUGGAAUGUUGACAAAUAUUGGACCAAUUGACAUUUCCAAGAAAUUAAUCAAGAAGUUACAAGCAAAUCCCAAAGUCAACCUCAAAGAGUUUGGUUAUGAUUGGCGUUUAGGUGGAGAUUACGUGUCCAAGAAACUAGAAGAGUUUCUUCAAAAGAUCUACGAUGAAACAGGGAAACCCACACUUGUCAUUGCCCAUUCAAUGGGAGGACUAAUGGUAACGGGUACUGUACAAAGAAACCCCAAACUAUUCCGAUCGGUGAUAUACGUUGGCUCUCCUAGUGAAUGUUUGAAUAUCCUUGGUCCUAUCCGAUUUGGGGAUUCAGUUAUGUUUUCUGAUAAGAUCCUCACCUACGAAACCAAUUUCAUGAUGCGAUCAAGCUUUAUUUUCUUGCCAUUAUCAGGAAAUGUUUUCUACAAUAAAGAAACCAAAGAGCCCUACAAUAUAGAUUACUUCAACGCCGACAAUUGGGUCGAGUACAAUUUAAACCCCCUUGUUGCCAAAUCACGGAAAAUCGCCGAAGAAAUGGGAAGUAUGAAACGAACUUCCUCCAAUGACUCCUCGCUUUUCUUCCCGGCCAUUAACCAGAUUGGAAUACGACUCAAUAGAAUGUAUCGAUCCAAAACCACUUCAACAUUUCUCCAUACUGGAGAACUAAACUCCACGCCCAUUGCAAUAUCACACUCUCAAUCCACGGAAAACACCGUCAAGUAUUCCUUCACAUUCUCGGAGGCGUACGAGUAUCUCAAGCGAACCCUAGCUGAGACCAAAGAAUACCUUCUUUCGCUUGAUUAUCGACCCGAACUAGCAGCAGAAUACCCACCCAUGGCCAUAGUCUAUGGGAACUCCAUCCCAUCUGUGCGUGGGUCGUCCGUACGUAGCCGCCAGGAUAUAAAGGAUGGAAACUACUACGAGUUCUUUUACGGACACGGUGAUGGAGUAGUGCAUCAGCGCUGGCUUAUGCCGGAACGCAAGGGGUUUGCCCAUUAUGAUCCAGCUACAGGUGAGGGAGAAAUCGUGGGCAAGUUUGCUAGUCCUGCAGGGCAUGUCAAUUUGAUGACUGAUUUCAAAGCCAUGGGACAAGCUCUAGAUGCGGUAUUUGAGGCGGAAAAGGUGUGGGCAAUCAAAAAAUUGAGACUGAGGCGAGUGAUGAAGGAGGAGUAUUUGAAUUAUGUGUAA